UGAAUCUUGAGGGUGAAAGCAAACUGUUUUACUAAAGAGCGGGUGGGUUGAUUUUUCACCUUAUUAGUUUUCUAUUGGUGUAAGUUAAAAAUAUGACCAACCAGUUGUUACUCAAAUGCACGGGAUCUGCAUUUUGAUUCUGAGAGUGGAAUGUUAACACAGCAAACCAACCAGACCUCUACUAGUAACCGAGGUCAUCGAGGGUCUGGUACAACUUCUCAGAAAAAAGAAGAACGUCAACAUUCAGGAAAGCAGAAUAAUAUGCAACAAGAUGCACCACGUUCUUCACGGGAAGGAAAUACGCUGCUGGUCGGUCCAAAUUUCCGUGUUGGAAAGAAGAUUGGUUGUGGGAACUUCGGGGAACUUCGUCUUGGUCGUAAUUUGUAUACCAAUGAAUAUGUUGCCAUUAAACUUGAACCGAUGAAAACUCGUGCUCCCCAAUUGCAUUUAGAGUAUCGAUUCUAUCGUAUACUUCUAAGUGGUGGUGUUGUUGGAUUUCCAAUGGUUUAUUAUUUUGGACCUGUAGGCCGACAUAAUGCGCUUGUAAUGGAAUUGCUUGGUCCAUCUUUAGAAGAUCUAUUUGAAUCAUGUAAACGUCAGUUCUCUUUGAAAACUGUACUGAUGAUAGCAAUCCAGCUGCUUCGACGUAUUGAAUAUGUACAUUCAAAGCAUUUAAUAUAUCGUGAUGUUAAACCAGAGAAUUUUCUUAUUGGACGUCAAUAUUAUAAUAGACAUCGUACUAUAUAUAUCAUUGAUUUUGGUUUAGCUAAAGAAUAUAUUGAUCCAGAAACUCAAAAACACAUUCCUUAUCGUGAACAUAAAAGUCUUACUGGUACUGCACGUUAUAUGAGUAUUAAUACACAUUUAGGCAAAGAACAAUCUCGACGUGAUGAUUUAGAGGCCUUAGGUCAUAUGUUUUUAUAUUUUCUACGUGGUAGUCUACCUUGGCAAGGUUUAAAAGCUGAAAAUCUACGUGAACGUUAUCAGAAAAUUGGUGAUACAAAACGUGCAACUCCUAUUGAUGUUUUAUGUCAUGGUUACCCCGGUAAAAUAUAUACUAAGAUAAUGUUUUUUCUUGUGUGUGUUUACGGUCUUUCCAUGUUGGAAUGAUGUAAUUAAUAGGACAUGUUAUAUCAUAUAAUAUAGUUUUAUUGCUAUAGUAUAAUUUCUUUUCAUGGGUAACACUAAUCUUCCCGAUUACUGCUUAUACUCUUAUUACCUCUACCACUACGGGAUUUGAAUCGACCACUGCAUCUGUGUGCUAAUGUGGUGUGGCAACUCGAACUGAUGUACUUACGUACGAAGUUCUACGUUGUUACUGACUGACUGACUGUCAUGAGUAAUCAUACCUUUUGUUAGUACAUAUAUUUAAAAUGUACAAUAGAAUUCAAUGAUUAUGUAAUACUCAUGUAGGUCUACACUUAUCUAUAUUCAAAGCUGCUUAACACUUUUUGUUGCUAAAUAUCUCUUAUUUUAACGUAUAGUACUGGAGUGAUAAUAGCAGUUAAAUGAAUGACAAGUUCUUAUUGAUUAUGGUUUAUUCAUUUUCAAUCUUCUUGUUUUUUGAUGUUUUGACAAGCGGUGUAAAAUACAUCAGUUCAAAUAGUUCUAAAUAAAGGAAAAAUAUAAGACUUCAAUUUUAAACAUCAUCAUUAUCUCCGUAAGACUAUUGAAAUCUGAUAGGAAUACCGUGUAAAUCACAUUGAAAUCGUGUAUUGUGUCUUUGAACACAAUGAAGAUCUAAAUUGUAUGAGGGGGUGUAUCCCCCUAAGAAUACCAUCUACUUCGGUUUAGGCAUCCGAGCAGUAUCCCAGCCCUCGUACAAAUUAAAUGAUUUAUAUGGCGCAUAUGUAUUUGAUACCCCCUUGUAAAUUGUAUGAGUGUUAUUAUGCUGAACUACCAGUUCUAGUGUGAUAGUCUUGCUACUUGCAUUAUGUGAAUUGUUGUUUAUUGAUAUUGGGACUGGUUGGAUAAGUUAGGUGGUGGUUAUUAGUCCAUGACGUUUCACUGUAGAUUGACCGAGAUCAUAAGGAUUAUAUGGCUAAGAGCUUUGAGACACAUGUAUCAGAAACAUAGAACCUCUCACUAAAUAUGUAUUGGCUCAAGCUGUCAUAUCGAAGUAUCAUGAUGAGGUGAAAAUGAUAAGAUGAAUGGUAAAAAUAAAAUAUCGAAGUAAUGUAGUAGCAAUAACACUAAUGAAGUAUGGUUCGUGAAAAAAAGACAGUGGAACAUUGUGAUUUCAGAUUGAGAUGAUAAGGAGUGAAUGGAUUUGUACCAUUGUGAAUCUUUCUGAAUUAUAUGUCAUCCAAAGUCUUUAAUCAUUGAUCGUAGUUUAUAUUGUGGUCUCUGACUGGAUAAUUUGGAUUCAUCAACAUAGCUGUGAGCAACAGUCAGUGACUUCAUGAUUUAUUGUCAUAUCUUCGUUCGACCGUUAUCUAACCCAGUUCACAUUAUAACCGAAUAGUUGGUUCUGAUAUGACUUACAGCAGAGUUCUUUCUGAUAUGUUAUGUUAAUCUACAAUGAAAUUUCUUCAUCAUGAUAUCUUUCUGUCUAACAUGGAGUUCAUAUGAAAGUUAUUUAUUUUUAUCUUAUUUACACACAUGAACAUUGGUACAAAGAGACACGAAAUAUAUAUGCGCUACAUAAAUCAUUCGAUUUGUGUGAGAGCUGGGAUGCUGUCCAGGUGUCCAAACAGAAGCAGGUGGUUUUCUUAGGGGGCCACAUCCUGAGCCUUCAACCUAAAGGUCUGACCCAAAAGGCAGUGAAGCAACGUGAGAAGAUGCAGUCAUAUGGUAGUCGAUGACCAGCGACUGGUUCAUACGCCAUUUGUUCUCUCAGGAUACUAGAGCCAGCCUAUGUGCACCAUUGGUUUGGAAUGAAGGUUUUCCAACUCGUUUCGGUUGACUCUCCGUAUCCACCAACCCAGUUGAAGCGUCGGACAUUUGCUUUUCAUCCUCUCAAUUUCGUAAGCAACACCCCCCGCCGUGAGAACGUGGUGAGUAGGAAAGUCGUAUGGAAGUGGUAACACUAAUCUAUGUAUGAAUAUUUUUUUAGUCAAAGAAUCGUUUAUUUUCUGAUAGUUAUUCUUCGCUAUUUGUUCAAACGAUUCAUUUAAGCGUAUAUCAUCUUGUCUUCAAAUAUCUAUUUUUCUCUCUCUAUUAUUUAUAUAUUUUUUUCAUGAUUCAUUUCUAUGAUAGAUGUGAACUAGUACAAAUCUAUACUGAAUGUUGUACACUUUUCUCAUUCUAAUCAAAUUGUUUAGGUUAUGCCUAUGUAUCAUGGUGUUCUAUGAUCUUUUUAUGACAUUCCAACUAAGUGUGUUGCUUUCCUUGGGUUUUUCUUGUCAACUAUUAUUCUUUUCUUGGAUAUAAUAAUCAUAAUAAUAAUGGUGAAACGUCAAUAUACGUUUAUCAAAGAUGUUUUCUUAAUAGUAUUGUUUGAUGAUUUUUAUUCUUAGCUUAUAUUUGUUUUCAAGUAUUGAUUUACUUCUAGGUUUAAACUUGCGAUACGAAUGAUAGCAUGUUAUAAAAGUUAGUCAGUCGGUCAGUCAGUUAGUCAGUUAUAAGGAAUUUAGAACCGGGAUAUAUGUGUAUCAGUUCAAUUUCUCACUUUAUGCGAUAAAAUCAUCUAGAUCAAUCACAGAGUAUUAGGAGUAGUAACAGUACUAACUAAAGUAAAAAAAGAAUAACCAUAGACAAUAUGAUUUGAAAAGGAGUGAAUUUAAUGAAUAGAAAAUGUAAAUAAGUUCUCAAAUUUGUGAUUUCAGAGAAGAUAAAGAGUGAAUAAAUCUGCGCUGUUGUAAUAGAUUCUAAGCUAUGUCACUCAAAGUCUCCAACCAUUGGUUACAGCCCCCAUAUUCUUUGGUACGUCUGAGGGUGAGGAGAUUUCGCUCGCCCUCUCAAAUGGUCACACAUAAAUAGCCACUGCCAAGCUAGUCUUGCUCACUACCUUCUCGAGAAGGGGCUGCUGUUCACGAAAUUGAGAGGACAAAACGCGAAUGUUCAUCACCUUAGACGAAAUGGUAAAUAUAGAGGAAGUUGAAAAACCCUUAUUCGAAACCAAUGAUACACAUGAGCUUCAGGAUCCUGAGGGAGUAGAUUGAGUAUGAACCAAUUUUGGAUCACCGUUCACCAUGUGACUGCAUCUCCUGACGUUGCUCUACUGCCUGGUGAAUGAAACCUCUAAAUCAGAGGCCCGGGGACUCUAUCCCCUAAGAGAACCACCUUCAUGGACGGACACCGCCUCUUGGUUUAAUCACCUUCAGCCUAAUUCCUGUCUACUUUCACACCAGCUCGACUCUCGCAUGGAGGUUGGCGAUUGUUUUGCAUACAUAAUGCAUGUCUUAACUACAUCAACCUAUGAAGACUCGUUUUUUUGAUGUAUAAUGUGGUGAUGGUACCGACAGUAAUAAGCUUUGUUAAAGAAGAAGCAUGGUUUUAAUGACUACCUAUCCGCUUAUAUAAUUUCAUUUUAUGUAAUGCUGCUUUAUCUAAGUCUAAUGUUGAUUCACUUAUGCCAUUGUCUAGAAAACAAUCAAAUCGUCCAUUUCUGUGCAUAAAACAUCUUCCUAAAAUCUUUCUGAAUAAAAAAUCUUCACCUCAGUUGUAUCAGGAAAUUUGGGGGUUGUAAACCAAAAUUUUUAUGUGAAGAUUAGUUGUAGUAUUAUCUUGUUGAAAAUUGGCUUAUCAGUUAGAGGACUUGUCUGUUAGUGACUUAUAGGUUACUAGUUCGAACCCCACUCGACAUACAUUGAUUUAAGCAUCCAGGUAGUUUCACUAGGCCUCAUACAAUUAAAGUUUGACUCAAAUCAGAAUGCAUAAACUCUUAUAGUUUUUAAAUAAAUGAAAAUCAUUCAUUGUGCUAACCAAUUAAUGAGGAUGUAGUUGAGACCAGGUUGAAAGUGACAAUUCGACAGUUGAAAUCCCUGUGCUUUCAUCUCUUUUUUUUCACAUCAAAAGUGUAACUCAACGUUUUAAAGCACAUGAAUUGAUUCAUAUUUACUUAAAUAAUAACUCAGUGUGAAAGUUGUUGUAACACACUUGAAAACUCAAAUUCAAUUCAAUUAUCUACCAGGUCAAUAGUUUGUUUGUUUAUGUUAUGCCAAUUUUCUUUUCAUGUUUUCUUUUAGAAAUGGCUACCUAUUUACGAUAUGUUCGAAGUUUAGAUUUUUUUGAAGAACCUAACUAUGAGUAUUUACGUUGGGGAUUUACUGAUUUAAUGCAAAGAAAAGGUUGGGAAUGUGAUUGGGAAUUCGAUUGGUGCAGUCGACCGUUACCUGGAUCUAAACCUCCAGGGUCUACACAUACAUCUGGCGGACAGGCAGUAAAUCCACCCUUGACUAACAUUCCUGCUGGGAAUGCUAGUUGUAUGAAUAAUGGUGUACAAAACACAUCUGGACUUACUUCUCCUACUCAUCAUCCAGUGAAUGGUAAUCAACAAAGUCCUGGUGUUAAUGGUGGUCAUCAUGCAAUGGGAUUAACUGGAACACCUUUAUUAGAUCCUGGUACAUCUCAUUGGCCACCUACUGGACAAUCAAAUAAUGUACCUAGUUAUAUCAAUGAAGAUGGCGGUACAUCACCAAAUGAAUUAAGAUAUAAAGUUGAUGAAUAUUUACCUUCCUAUUUUGGUCAGCAAACAACAAAUCAAACUAUUAUGCAUACCGGUCUUCUUGGUGCUAAUAAAAUUGGUUCACCUAAUGACGGUACUGUAGAUGAUGUUGGACCUACUGGUGUUGGCGGCGGUGGUGCUAUGCCCACUUCAAACUCUAGUGGUUUGCCAUAUGGUGGCGGUGGUGCUGUAUCCGGUACAAAUGCCGGUGGUACACAUAUUCGGAAUAUAACCGGUUUAUACAGUGGCUGUGGUCCAGAAGAAACUAUGGCUCGAGAUAUUGAUGACAAUUUAGGCAUGGGAGUUGGCAUGACAACAACAGAAUCAUCACCUGAAAAUGUAGUUGGCGCUGAACAAGAUGAUAUACAAAGUCAAUCAGGUUGUUGUGGCUGCUUUGGUCAACGGUCUAAAAAUCGACGUCUUCGAUCUCAGUUUAUCUAGUAUUUCUACUAUCGUCUGGUAUCCGUGUCUGUCUCAUCCAGAAAAGAGUUAUGGUAACGACGAUGAUGCUCAUGUUUGUAUGUGUGUUUAUACGUGUAUGUAAUUCCGAUGUGUUAUUAUUGCUUUGAUACAUUUUGAUAUUUUCCGUUGAAUAAUUUGAACGGUGUAUUAUUAUGAUUAUUAUUGUUGCUAUAGCUACUAUUGUAUUAUAAUAAUGUAUAUGUGUUUGUACACAUGAUAUUUGCUUCGCCUUUCUCUCGUUUUGUUCCUUUCGUGUUUUGUUUUUUUUCCACAUUACAAUACCUAUAAUUGUGACAUAAUCGUGUCGUAUAAUGAAUUAUUUCAUGUCCUGUUCUGGCCUCCUCACCUUUAUGUUGUCGUUUUAGCAUUUACUGGAUACUACUACUGAUAACAACAAUGUAGUAACCACCGACAUAUUGGAUAAGACAGUUAAUAAUGACCGGAUAAAAAUUCAUUGGAUAAAUAAACUUUUUUGCUAGAAAUAAAAAUCUCAGGAUUUAUCUAUUUAUUGUGUUUCUGUCCCCCCCCUUCCCCCUUUUUUCUUGAUUUUAUUUUAUCCCAGCAAUAAGUCUUUUUGAUAAUUCAUUAUUUCUUUAUCCGUUUGUGUCGUUUUUUUCCUUUUUUUGUUUUCCUUACGAAACAGCUUUUCAUUUUGUAUAAUUUACGUGUAUGGAUGAUGUAAUAAUGAUAUCGAGUUGUUUUUCCCUUCUUUCUUUCUUUCUUUCUUUUCAUAGAGAUCGGUGAAAUAGUGUUGGUGUUUUUUUUGAAAUAAUUUUUUUGUGUGCCCAUUUAUCAUUUAUACACAAAUACAUCAUUACCCCUAUUAGAGUUGUGUCUUUCAAAGUGGCCUUUUUCAUUAUUCUCUCAUUAUUAUUCUAUACAACAUGUACAUAUUAAAGGAUAGAUGAAGAUUAAAUGAGAGAGUUUAUAAUAUGAAAGAAUGACCCCCUUCUAUUUCUCCACUUUCAAUUUUUCUCGUUUGUUCUUUUCUUUCUUCCUCUCUCUCUCCCUCUCUUUGUAUGUGUUUUUCUUGUUACGUCAUAAUUCCAACUACAUUCAUACAUCUAAUAUGUCCUAUGUGUAAAGUCUCAUUGUUCAAUACCGAAGAAUUAAGUAUAUAGGUAAACAUACAAAAAAGUGUAAUUACAAAGGACUGUUCUUUUCUCUUUUUUUCUGUUUAGGAGUUUUUAAAGUGUGUGUGUGUGUAUGUGUUUCCACUUACUCACUUACUCAUACACACACGCACACACACUAACAAACAAACAAACAUUAUUCUUGAAUAUUAUUUUGACUACCAUUGUUUAUUAUUAUUAUUAUUGUGUAAUCCUAUGUCUUUGUUCUAUACUUGUAUUAUUUUGUGUGGUUUUCUUUUUGUAAUAUGUUACACAAUAUUUUCUGAGCAUAGAAACGACGACAUUUCAUCUUUCAGUAGUAUCAAUGUUGUUUUAUGGAUUAAUUCUUGUCUAAGAAGAGGAUGUUGUUUUGUUUUUGUAUUCUUUUUCUCUUUCUUUCUUUCUUUUAACCGAUUGACAAUUCUCUCAAGAAUACGCUUUUUUUUAAUAUACAUCCCCAUACUGUUUAACGGUUUUCUUUAAGGAUAGUGAAUUCAGUCAUGUUAUUAUUGUUUCCUUCAUAUCUCUCUCUCUCAAAAAGAUAUCAUUGUUAUUUUGUUAUUGUUCUAAAUCAUUUUACGCUUUCAUGAAUGAAUAUUAUCUCUAUGGCUCAUUAUAGAAGAAAGAAAAAAGAAAAAAAAGACCAUUUAAAAGCAAAAAGGAAUUGAUAAAAGAACUACUGUUAUUGCCGGCGCUGAUAUUGCUAUGCAUAUACAAUCUCUUCCUUUAUCCCAGGGUCCAAUUGUGACCAAUAUUGUAAUUCCAUAAUUAUAUUGGUUAAUAUAUAUAUAUAUAUAUGUACUUGUUUGUGUAUUCAUGUGCCUGUACAUAGUUUUAUUGUUUGAAUUCUGUACAUGGCUAGAUAGUGGAUUUUUCACUUCUCAUUCAUAGACAUACAAAAUAUAAAAUCUCUUUAUUAUUAUUAUUAUUAUUAUUAUUAUUAUUAUUAUUAUUAUUAUUAUUAUUAUUAUUCAAUAAUCGCUUCCAAUUUUAUGAUAGUUAGGUUGUAUUGGUGAAUCCUUUCUCCUUUAUGUAUAUCUGUAGUUGCGCUUAUAGCUGCUACAUAAUACAUACAUAUUACUUUCGAAUGAUUUUGUCUUGCUGUAUCUUGUUGUUUUUCUUCUUCUUCUUCAAUUUUUCUCCUUGUUCAGUUCUGCUUUUUUUUAAAAUUUCUUUUUCGCUGCAUAUGUGUAGCGUAAUGUUUAUCAUUAUUUUGAUUUGUAUUGUAACCAAUACAUAAACUUAAGUGCGCUCAUCUGUAUUUAUAUUUAUGUAUUAUUGUGUGUGUGUGUGUGUGUGCUUUUCCUUGGCUUCUUUUUACCGUAUACAAUAAAAUGAGUGUUCUUAUAUUUGUUUUCGUCGAAAGUGCACAAAGGUUUGUCUACAAUAAUUCUCAUUGUUUACAACAAUCAACCGUUCUUGAACUUAACACAUACACUCACACACAUAUAAAUAUACCUCUCCUAACGACAUUAUUAAUGGUAAGCGUUGUCACUCAUCUCCUAAUACAAGAGAAAGUAUAGAAUAAAUCAUUUUGACCAUGAAUAUCUACCAUAUGAUAAAGUGAAAGUUUGAAUGAUAGUAGUAGUAGCAGUAGUGAACAAGCGCUUCCAAUAAAUUAAACUUCCAUUGUCUUCAUAUUUUUACAUUAUUCUCGCCUUUAAAGGAAAUGGAUGACCAUAUGUCGUACAAAGUGUUUAUGCAUAUAUGCAUAUGUAUAUUUAUUUAUCCGAUUGUACUCGUUCGAUUUUGCUUCCUUUAUUUUCUCUUCAAUAAUUUCGUAUUCCUUUUUCAAAUCAUUAUUCUGACACUUGAUAUAACAUGUUUUCAUAUGAUUGACAAAUGAACAUAUGACGCUAAAUUUUGAUUUGAAUGUAUAACUAACUAUGUUGUUGAUAUUACUACUUCUUCUUCUACUACUACUACUACUAAUACUACUUAAAUGAUAGUAAUUACAUGAUAUGUAAAAUUCUUCAAAGCAUAGGCUUAUUAUAGAAUGAUUUAUGUGUGUGUGUGUGUGAUGGCGCUAUUGUACCUGCUUGUUUCUUUCUGUUGCAUAAAAGCUUAUUAUUAUUUUUCAUAUCCUUUCAAUUGAUUGUCAUUCCCUUAUAUUCAUAAUAAUUUAUUAAUAAUGAUUACUGAUAAGUUUGACAGGAAGGUUUCUGUGUGUAACCUGUUUGUUUUUCUUUUCUUUUUUUUGUUUCAAGCAAACAAAGAACGAAAAAAGGGUGUUUUUCCCUUUACACAUUCACAUCUGUAUGUAUACAUGUUAGAUAUAAAAGUUUUUUCUUUCUUUCUGUUGUAAUUUGAUGCAAUUCAGGCUAAUGUUUUUUGCGGGUUGUUUUUUGUUCCUCUUCUUUUCAAUAUUAUGAUAUGAUGGAAUUAUUUCUAUGAUAUAAUGUUGAUUGUACUAUGUAAGGAUAUAUGUGACAAAAUGAAUAAUAACCUUUCAGGAUUAAGGGUUUAUAUCCGACUAUGGAUUGUCGGUAACAAUGUAGAACUUCGUACGUGUAUGUACAUCAAUUCGAGCAAUUUCAAAGGUAACACGUGUACAUCAGUUCAGGUUGGUGUAUUUCAUAGUACAGCGAGAUGAAAGUGUUUGCAUAGAUCUUAGAGUGGUAGAGUUAUCGAUAGGAGUCAUAAUAAUAGAAAAGAUUAAGCAUCCAAGAUACUAUUAUAGAAAAGGUGGACGGUGGUGCCAUUUCGUGAACCACUGGAUGCCAACCGGCUCAGUGGUCCACAGUUGAGCGUUCACGCGCAAAACUGAUAGGUCCUGGGUUCAAAUCCGGUGAGGCGGGAUCGUCGAUGCGCACUGCUGAGGAGACCUAUCCUAAGACGAAUCGGUCAUCCAGUGCUUCCAGGUUUUCCAUGGUGGUCUAGCUUGAAUUGGCUCAUGAAUUUAAUCAUUAAAAAGUUACAAACUAGUGAGAGAAAAAAUAUCUAUGAAGAAAUUAAAAUAUAAGGGAAAAUGAAGAGUGAAUACGCGUAAGCCAUUGCGAAAGAUUUCGAGACAUAUCAUUCAAAGUCUCUAGAGAUUGGUCAUGAUGAUAACACGAACCUCAACGAGGUAAUUUACACGUACAAAUAUCGCGAAACAUAACAUAAAAUAACUAAAUAGCAAAAUAUCAGGAGAUAAGUGAAUGUAUUAGCGUCAUUUUAGCAUUGUGAAUCACGUUACCUAACUUUUCGAAACUUGAUGACCCAUGCUCAUUUUACAAAUAUACGCCUAAGUUUAUAUUUAAACUGAUGAAGACUACGAAACUGUUUCAAUUGAAAUAACAAGAGACACACUUAGGUUGCACGAAAUUGAGCAAUAGUGGGUCUAUAUUGCCCUUAGGUGUCCGGGCCCCAGGUUCACUACAAUGACGGUGCCAGCGAGUUUGGAAUCCUGGCCUGAAAUAAUUUGCCGAAGUGUUUCGUCACCGUCGGGGCUUGCAAUUAUUCUCCGUGAACGAGGAGUUCCUUGUAAAUGCAAGUCAUAAGCUUGCACUGAAUUCGCUCGACUAAUACUGAGUUGACCUAAUUUGACCAUUUGGAUUAAGUAAAAGUCAUAACAAGGUUUCCGUAGGUGAGCCUCCGGAAGGAUUGUUUUAAUGACUUAAAAAUAUAUAAUGAAAAAUGCACUUAGCUUCGUACUGGUCUGCAUGUACGCUGCCUUAAUGUUAUUUACCACAGGCCUCAGCGGUAACUUGAGUAAGUCAGUCACGUGAAUCUUGCCUUCAAAAAUGCCUUUGACCCAUUGGUUCUCUGUUUUAGAAGCUAAUCACCUCAAAAUAAUCUAUAAUUGAAAAUUUUUUAAAAACUUUCUUGUGAAAUUAGCUCUAAGUAAACAGAUAUGAUUCAUUGUCUAAUAAAUAAUCACCGUUUUAAAACCAUUAGGUAUGCGUUUUCCAUUUUGGACAUUUUGCUGGUGUCCCGUUUCCAGUUACUGAGUUGUAAAAGUGUGAGGAAAUAUAAUGUUAACCUAAAAAUACUAUUAGUCGGUCAGCUACAAUGUAGGAUUAGGCAUAUAUAUGCAUCAGUCCAAGUUGCUACACUUCAUUAGCACAACAAGAUGAACACCAAAUUCAUAGAAGUAGUCACUUCAAUUGUAGUAAUAUAUAAAAGAAGGACUGUGAAAAGGCGGCGUUGUCGUUAUGCUGGUUGUCUGAAGGAAACACCUUUGUACUGUCAUCAGUACUACUUCGCCUUCGGACCUUGGGUUUGCUGUUUUUAGACAUACCGCUGUUCAACCAACCUGUCUGGCAUAACCUUAAGAAAUGAUUGAUUCAUUACAAUAGGUAGGCUUGAUUACCACAUACAGGUAGCGGCAACGGUCGGGUAUCUCUAUUAAGUUGUCCACCAAUCAAUAUCAUAUUGCACAAGGUAGUAUUGAUUAAAAUAUGUUAUGUUAGAUAAAUAUUCAUAUAUCCGAUUUUCAAUGUAUGCCGUAUGCGAACAAUUGUCUAUCAUCAUUUUAUAAUGCUCUAACGAAUAAAGUUGGACGGAAUAAUUUACAUUGAAUCUGAUUAUUUUCAUCCGGUUAAAGGUGAUAUAUUUGUAUGCAAAACCCAACCAAUUUAGUGUAGAUUUACACACAGUUUUCGAAAUCGCCCUAGUAACAUACUGAUACAAAAGAUAUUUAUUUUAAAAAAUGGGCUCCCCGUAAGAUCAAAGUUCCUAAUUCAUGAAUGUACACUGAUGAAUAGUCUCUUUUAGGAAGAACGAACUAUUGAAAACUUCAUGUCUUUCAAUGCUUAUCUAAAGAAGUUCAGUAGUCCAUGAUGAAAAUGCAGAUUGAUUUCUUAAAUAAACUAAAGAAAAAAUAUAUAAAUUUCUAACUACAAUAAUCAAUAAAUGCUACUAAGUACUUGUAAAUAGUUUACCGAUUUGUUAUUUAAUGUGUUAACUAGUCAAUUUACGUAAGUUGAAUUAGUUUUAAGUUUGUUUGUUUGUUUGUGAAGUAAGAAUAAAUAUCCGUUAUCUAGUGAAAUAUCUAUUCAGUAUUUGGUGAUAGAUAUAUGAAUUCUGUAUACUCUGGAGAUAGAUAUUGUGGUGUGUGUGACUGUUGUCGACAAAUAUAAUAAGUAUGUAUCAACUGCCAAUGGAAAGUGAAAUGCCUGAUGAUAAAAGGUUAACAAGAUUGAAGGGAAUGAUUGUUGUCGAGACGAAGGCACAAUAAAGUCAGAGACAAUCGAUUGACAUUUUGUAAAUGGAGUAUUUACUGUAUGGUUCUCAGAGUUUACCGAGAUAUUCCGUAAUGUUUUAUUGGUUGUCCUCACUUGUGUUCUCGUUCACAACAAUAGAAAGUGUUGUGCAUCGUGAAAACAUUUCUGUUUGAGUGAUUUCAUUCUCCAAGUUGAAGAAAUGUAAACGUUUGUUGAUUAGUGAAGACUGUGCGUUUGUAGAAAUGGAUAAGAUCUGUUCUCCAUAGGUUGUAAAUGAUAAGUAAUUCAUAUGACUGCACACCAUUAUUGAAUUUCAGCUGCUUUCAAUUCGUGAAAUAAACCUUAACCAUAAUUUUUAUCCCUUACUUUCAAUUCUGAUUUGUUACGUUAACUCCUAAUUUUCUAAUCUAAUAUGUAGGUGAAACUUAUCAAGAUCACUUUAAGGAUUGAUUUAGGUUGUCCACAACUUCGACAAUUUGAUGAAAUGAAAUAGUUGGAACCGAAUUUCUUCUCUGUAUCGUUCUUCAGUUUUAUAUCUCAGUAAGUGGUGUGCACUUUGUCUCUUAUUCUACUAAGCUACUAUUUUCCUACAUAGGUGAAUGAAUUUCAACCCAUAUUAAUGAAAUAGUGUUUAGUACCACUUGGUGUUUUCUUCAAUGUGAUAAAAUUAUAGUUGAAUCUGACAGUGGAUAAAGAAUUCUGACAUGGUGCACUACACAAUCAUUGGUUGAUCACUAAGUUUAUGUUGUGUAGUUUUUGAUACUCGUCACAUUUUAUCGAUCAUGCAGUUUUGUGAAAAGAAAACUAAUAACCUUAACAUAGUGAUUGGAUUUUUCAUUUAUUGUUUGGAGGUUGACUCGGAUAUCUUGAAAAAAAUACAUAGGGGGAGCUUCCUGUGUAAUUCGAGAACGCUGGUGUUUACCAUUCGAAAAGCAGCUUGAGAAGCUAGAUCUCCUUACGCUGUCCCAUUGCAGAUUAAGAGGUGAUUUGAUUUUGAUGUUUCGAAUACUAAGAAAUGAUCUGGAAACUGAUAUAACCUCUCUUUUUUCCUUACCAGAUGAGGACAACUCAGAGGACAUACCAUUCAGGUACAAAAGCCAAGAACACAGAAAAUGCCAGUGGCAUACAGGUCUUCACACCGUGUCAUCAUUUCUUGGAACCUGUUACCUGAAGAAUUGGUGUCCUCCCCUCCAGUUUACUCAUUCAAAAGAAGACUAGAUACUCUCAGAAUUUUACUAGAAAGCGGCUAACACAGACCAUAUGCCUUCUGUCCUCAAUAUACAAAUAUGAACCAAUCAACAGAAAACCUUGUACCAAGGUUUUAUGCUAGUUAUUACCUACAAUUAGGUUCAUUUGAAAAUUUGAGGGAAUUAAAAAGUUAUAUAAAUCUUUCAUAAAAUUAACCAGUCUUCUAUAUUACAG